CACGCGGCAGUCUAGUUCCGGUAAUUCCAGUUGUUACCGUGGAGACGCCGUUCCAACGGUCACAGCUACGCGCCAACGUGCUGACGUCAUGAUGCGGCAGUUCCGGGGCGGCUCGUGCGAUUCUGUAGUACUAAGCUCACUCGGUAACACUCAUUGGAUGCCCAGGGAAUACUAUGAGGAGGUGAGAUGAGUACGAGGACCACAAGCACCCACUUUGUUCCCUGAAUGCCCUGACACCCUUGUCUAACACCUUGUUCUUGUAACGGCGCACUAAUGGUUGAGUCUGAUGAGGAAUUUACUGAACUCUGCUCCAAGCUCCUUAAGAGAGUGAAAAAGAAUAAGCCAGCAGAGCAGGGUGUCCCAAAGACCAGCAUCACAGCCAAAAGCAGGUUGAAAAGAAGCAAACCGACCAGCAAGAAGCAGGUUGGCAAUGAUGGUGCUAAGGUGGGAGAUGAGAGCAUCCCAACAAAAGGGAACUUGGAGAAAGCAGUGGCACAGACAGACCAAUGUUACCGCAAUGAUACAGAGAGAAAAAGAAAAACAGAGACCCAUCUGUCUGAUGUUUCAAGUGGAACAACACACACAGGUGAAAAUGAACCCCCAGCCCUUGCAGAUCCAGUUAGACCCCAGACCCAGCUUUGCACAAAGGAUCUUGUCUUGGAACGAAUGCAGCAGUUCAAGAGGGCCUGUCCUAACCGUAUGAAAAUAAAUGAUGCUGAAGCAAGUGACCCUGCUGUGAAUGACAAUCUACAAAGUGACAGUGCUUUAGCAGCGGCUCUGCAAAUGGACAUACGGGAGCAGCAGAAAAGCCUAGAAGAUGUUGGACUCUUCUUCUGUCAGCUCUGCCAAAAGGACCUGACUGCCAUGAACUCUGCAAUGAGGGAGCAGCAUGUCAACAGGUGCCUGGAUCAGAGUGAAAGUUUAGGAGAAGCAUCCAGGCCCACUGUUCCAAGCUGCCCUUUGUGUGGAAAGCCGUUUAAUUCAGAAAAGAGCCGUGCCUCACACCUGAAGCGCUGUGCUGCCAAGUUGGAAGUACCUGCACAUACCCUGUUGCAGGCAGUCCAGAGGCAAACAUCUGAGUCAGUCACAGAGGCACCAACCUGUGUUGUUCCGGCUAAUUCCAAGCGGAAAGCAGGGCCCAAGAAAAAGGAGCCCCCCAAAAAGAAGAAAAUGGUACAACCAAGCUCAGAAGUGGAGGACCUGCUAGUUGCCAUGGCAUUGUCACGUUCUCUGCAAGAGGAUCCAACAAAGUGUGAUAUAGCUCAGAAGGCAGCACCUGCUACUAAGAGCUCAGUUCCAGUCUUUAUUGUUUCAGAAAAGAAAAGUCGCAGAAAACAGAAGAAUGCUGCUCCUCCGCUAUUACUGGUUCAAGCCCCCGAGGCUGCCUUGCAGAGACUGCAGCAAAGAGUGGCCCUUCUCCUGAGUGAAGAGCUUGAGCUUAUCGGUAAUACAGCGUUGCCCCUAAGCCGGUUAUGCAAUAUAGAGGAGAGGGAAAAUUAUGCUUGGUGCAGGCCAUUGCGGGAUGAGAAGAUAUGUACUCUGUGGGAAGGCAGCAAAAUGAUGGACAAUAGAGAUUUCCUGAGCUAUUACAUCCAGGAGCUGAAUCCUCCUAUAACUCCAUGGAGGGAUUCACAGCUCAACCAUCACAAUUCACAGCAACGUACAGUGACACCUGUGCAGCCGGCAGCAAUCUCUCUGUGUCCAGCUUCAGGUGACGAGGAACAGUCUACUGAAACCUGCAGCCAAGAAGGACAUCUGUCCCACAGUCAGAAGGACAGACAGGCAUUACUGGAUCUGGCAGAGCUUGCAGGAGAGGGCAUGACAUUGACCCAGUGGAAGCUCGGUAGCUGCCAUGCAAUGGACAGGACAGAAAGAGAAUCUGUGAGCAGUGUCCCGGCCAGUGGAUUUGUUCCCUCGCUGCAAGAGGAGAUCUGUAAGCAGAGUGACCACCCACAGCUCUCUGCUCCUCUAGUUUCACUCGCUGCUGAUUUUAUGGAGAUGGUGAAUAACCCACAUUUGAGUGAUGCUCAGCUGCAGACAGACUGUGGAGAAGUGCUGAGCGUGCAUAUGUUUGUUUUGUACACACGCUGCCCCCUUCUGGUUGAGGCUGUGCACUCUGAAGGUUUUUGGGUCAACGAGGCCAGCACAGGGCGUGUACGACGACUUCUCUUAAAUGACGUAUCUGCUGAAGCUGCCCUUUGCUUCCUGCGCUUCCUCUACUCUGCCUCCAUUACUAUCCCCAUGCGCUGCCUUACUCAUGUUUGUGAGCUGGCACGCAGGUUUGGGGUGAGCAGUUUAAUAGAAAUCUGUGAGCAUCUUGUUUCUGAGCCUGAAAACUCUGUAACCCUUGAUGCUGCUGCUGCUGCUGAAGAAGAAGAUGAUGGUGGCAUGCGUGCAGAAACAUUCCAGGAGCUGUUAAAGUCCAUGUGGGUGGAUGAAGAUGAAGAGGGUAUUGCAGAGCUGGAGACGGAAGGGCAAGGGGAAAAUAAAUUGGAGGCUGAAGCUGUGGGAGAAUGUGAACUGGAAGAGAUCUAUGAGUUUGUGGCCACACAGCGCAGGAUUACAGAAAAGCAGGAUGAAAGCAGUAGUGAACUAGAUAUUCAGAACCCAGAGUCUGAAGACAGUGUUCUAGGAGAUAGAAGUAAGCCUGACGGACUGGUGCCAACCGGCACAAACACAGAGUAUAACAAAGAAACACACACCUUUGAUUCUGUACAGAAUGUUACCACACCUGAAACACAGCAGCCUUGUCUUGUUAAGGUCUCGCCAGUUACUACCAUUACUGGCAUCCUUAAAUCUCAUCCUAGUUGUUCCCCUUUAGUUUCACGUUCCUCUUUUAAGCCAUCUCUUGGCUGCAGUGAGUCUCCUGCUGGGAUUGUGUUUGCUAAUUCUGGCCUUACACAGUAUCCUUCCCCAACUUCUGCAGAAUCUGCAGGCCCUGAUGCAGCUGCUGGAUCUAUUGCUCCCGUAUCUCCAAGCAGAGUGAAUGAAGCCAAGCAGGAUUUGUUUGUCCAACACAGCCCCUGUCCCUUGGAUGACAGUUAUGACCGCAUGUUUUCUGAGACUUGCGGAGAAUAUGUAGAGACAUCCGACACAGUGAUACCAACACAGAAUCAAGAAGAAAUGCUUAUUAGCCCUCCUUCCAUUACUGUGGUGCCAACUCUUCCUGAGCUUGGAUCCUCUCCUAACCUCCAGCACUCAUUAGUAAACUCUCCCUGCAAGAUAAAAUAUGCUACUGCUGCAGAGCCAAGAUAUUUUCCACUUUGUAGUCAAAAUAAUUCCAGGAAUUCUCAUGAUUCAGAUUUAGGUCACAAUCCCACCAACCAAUCCAUUUCAUCUUCCUUUGCCAAAUAUCAGGAACCAGGCGUCAUUCUGAUUCUGUCAUCAGAUGAAGAAACAGAGCCCAACACAGAAGGCUUAUUAUCACCCAGUAGUCAACACGAGAGCAAGAUUUGCAACUCAGCCGGCAUAAAAGAGUCUCCCGUCAGCUUCAGUAUAAAAAGAAACAGUGAGGGUUAUUCUCAUCUUGAUAUGAGCAGCAGCACAGAGACCUCAUGGUUAAUACCCGCUACACCUUUGCCACAAACAGUAAUGUCAGUUGCAUCCCGCCUUCAGACUUCUUGCCUACCUGAAGCACCUCAGGUCUCCACUAUCCAGUCUGUUUUCCAUUACAGCUUUAUGUCUCCUCCUCUGUUGUCACAAAAGUCCCCAGCCAAACCUCCAAGCCCUCAAGCAUCUCCAACGUUGCGGCUCACCCAAGGAUCUGCACAAGUUCCAGAUGUUUGCAGUAGUUUAGGUAGCAAGACCUCCAUUGCACCUUCUUCACUCCCCACUUCUCCUGCCAACAUCAGCGUGUUUGAGGUUGGAGACAGUGAGGAUGAAUGUCUAGUACCAGAAGAUCAGCUAGGCAGUCCGACCACAAGUGUCUCCCAUCAACCCCCUUACCAUUUGGGGACUUUAUCUAAUAAGCUUUUGCUUUCAGAAUCCUCGAAUGAACCGAUGAUCCCUCAGCUCUGUUCAACCACAAGGCUCUCUCAGGGUGCUUUACGACUCCCAGAACCUUGUGUCAAUCUAGAUACUAUGACUUCUGUUUGCCACUCGCUCCCAACAUCUCCUGCUAAUAGUAGUGUGUUUGCGGUUAGAGACAGUGAGGAUGAAAGUCCAGUACCAGAGGGUCAGCUAGGCAGUCUGUCUGCUAGUGACUCCCAUCAAUCACCUUCCCAUUUCAGUACUUUUUCGAAUAAGCUUUUGCUUUCACAGUCCCCUAGUGAACCUAUGAUCCCCCAGCUCUGCUCAAUCACAAGGCCCACUCAAGGUCCUGUAUUACUCCCAGAAAAUUGUGACAAUGUAGAUACUAAGACUUCUGUUUCUCACUCACUCCCAGCAUCCCCUGCUAGUAGCAGUGUGUUUGAGAUUGAAAAUAUCGAGGAUGGUAGCCCACAAACAGAGGCUCACAUGGGCACCUUUGACUACAGCUUUCAAAUGGACUAUGAGCCCCCUAUUCCUGUGGAAGAUGAAAUGUGGUUUCACAGAGAGGAGACACCAAAAAGACCUAAUCCCUCUCCCAAGACUUGUACCCCUCCUAGCAUAGAGAGAACCCCUAAAAAGGAAACGGUAGUCCAGAACAGCAGUACUCCACUUCGAGGGAGUCCAGCACAAGUGAGAGAGGAUAGUACCCUUCCACACAGGAAUCACUUGAGCUUCCUUAAUGCUCAGCCAUGGGAAGAAUGGGAGGAAGAGGAUGAAGAUAUACCUGCUAUACUUCCUUUAUCAGAACGACUGGGCAAAGCCCCGGAGAGGCAGAAGCAGUUAAAAACACCAGUUUCUAUUGUGCGCAAAAGAGAACUGGCCCCAAAGGUCCCUAUAACACCAUUACCUGCUUACUCUGACAUGGACACUCCAAAUCUAAAGAAAGAGUUAAACCGAUACGGUGUUCGGGCGCUUCCUAAGAAACAGAUGGUGCUGAAGCUGAAAGAAAUCUUCAGUUACACUCACCAAGUAAUGAGCUCAGAUUCUGAAGAUGAAGUUCCAUCUUCGCAGCUGAACAGAAGAGACAAUGGCGACAAAGCACAGAUUCAGAAGCCUUCUGUGGCCCAUAAACCAAAACCUUCGGUUAGUGCACAGGGUCCUGCCAGUUCCCAGGCUCACAAACCAAGGAAGCCGGCAUCUGUCUGCAAUGCAAAGAACUCUACAGAAGAGGAUACAAUGGAAAAGGAACAGCGACUGACCGCAUCCCAAGAAUCAACAUCAUCCUCUGGUGACACCUCUUCCUUAUCUCAAAGCUCUGCUGCCAAUGAGUUUGAGAGGGCAUUUGCAGAUGAAGAGGAGGACGAGUCAGUGCCGGCUUCACAGGAGGUCGGACGAGAAGCAGCCACAGCUGAAGCAGUGAAGAGGUUCAUCGAGAGCCGACCUGAUUUAUAUAAGCGCAUCUUGUUGUACCAGCCGUUAGAGUUGGCGGCACUGCAUGCAGAGCUCAAGCAGGCUGGGAUCAAGAUGGCGGCAGGGAAACUGCUGGAUUUCCUGGAUGCGCACUGUGUUACGUUCACUACCGCGGCCGCACGCAAGGAGAAGAAAACCAGAGGGAGGCGGAAAGCGGGGAAGCGUUACUAACUCAUCAGUGGCCAUGAGCCGUUCAUAAACAUGACAAUAGGCCAAAUACAUUGGUAGUAUCAUGGUGUAAAUAUAACAGAAAAUGAUACAUUUGUAAAUGAGAAACUAUGCAUUGUGCUUGUAUUUUAUAUGUAAUAAAUAAUGAAAUGGAA